AUGGCUUUGUCACGAAAAAUUACACGACUUUUCUCAAAAUUACAGAAACAAAAAUCAGAAACUCAAAAGUUGAGUAUUGAUACUUCAAUAAGUUCAAGUGACUCGAAAAUUUUCAUAGAAAUAUGUUUACAUCUUGCACCACAAGAUCUUUAUUCACUCUCGACAGUAUGCAAAUAUUUUCGAAAUAUCUUAUGGUCAACUUCAACUGCUACACAAUCCAUUUGGGAAAGAUCGAGAAUCAAAAAUUCAAGUUAUUUAAAAUUACCACCACCAUUUGAUAUGUCAGAACAAGAAUAUAUUUGGUUAACUUUAUUACCAAAAAAAUGUCAAUUUUGUUCCAAACCUUAUAAACAUUAUUUAUACAAUGUUUGGCCUUCUAGAAUUGUUGCUUGUGAAUCAUGUUUUAGAAAAAAUACUAUUCAAACCAUAAAAGACGAUCGACCAAGAUGUAUUCCUCGAGAAAUCUUUAGCUGUGUUCCUCAUACAAGAUUUUUUUAUUAUGAAAUCUUUGUAAUUUAUUGGAUUCAAGAUAUAGAACAUGCAAAAGAGGAAUAUAAUUCAUUAGAUAAAAGUCAAAGAGAAGAAUGGAUUAAAGAACGAAGAGAACAAGUUAAUAGAGCUAAAGAAAUAUUAUCUUUAUAUUUUCAACAAGACUAUCAGGAGGUAUAUAAAUGUGGUGUUUUUAAUCCUCGUCGUAUCGAAUUACAAGGAAUAUUACCACUUACAAAUAAUAUACAAGAUAGUAGUGCAUCUACUACAUCUAGUGUCAAACCGGAUUAUUUAUCAGCAAAAGACAAUGUUAAUAAUGCCAAGAAAAAACAUAAAUUUGUAAGACGUUUAAGAAAAUUUAUGACUAAUAAUUGUAAUCGUUCACGAAUAGUCCUUCUCAUAAUUUUUCUCUUAACACUUGCUGCUAUAAUAACAGUAGUUGUAAUUUUAAAUAAAAAUCCUUUUGUUUUAAUAAGACCUCUUUGUAAAUCACAAUUCGGUAUUUCAUCCCUUAAUCAAACAUUUAUUUUCUUGGCCGAAAUAGAAAAUAAUCAACUUGGUGAUGAUAGUUCAAUUUCGUAUAAUGGAGUAGAUUCUAUGGGUUUCAUAGGGAAAUAUAAAUUUGGGGAGUUAAUGUUAAGUAAUUUAGGAUAUUAUAGAACAAAUAUUACUAUUCAACCGAAUAAUUCAACGAACAUUAAAAAUUAUUGGAAUGGAACUUGGACUGGUAAAAAUGGAUGUAAUAGUUAUGAAGAUUUUUUAAAUAAUAAGUUAAAUAUUCAAGAAAGAGCAAUAAGAGAAGCUUUUCAUUUUAAUUUAGUUAAAAUUAAUCAAUAUUUUUCUUCUCCUUCUUUUAAUUUAUCUUUAUCAACUUUUUUAGAUAAAUCUUUUAAAUUUUCUUCAGGUUGUAAUUUUCAAUCAGAUGGUUUGAGCGUUUCUAAUGUUACUUUAGCUGGUAUUUUAGCCUCAUCUUAUUUGAUUGAACCUGAAAACGUUGGUCAAGCUUUAGUUAGUGGUAUGGCUCCUUGUGAUAACAAAACUACCAGUACUCCUACUAGUUUAACGAGGUAUUUGUUGGAUUUUGCAGGUUGUGAUUUUGCUCCAGAUGAUGUUAAUGAAGCUGUGACUUCUUUUAAUAAAACUCGAGUUGCUCAUUUAGUUAAGAGUCUCUCGUUAGAUGAAGAUGGUUGGGAAAAGUUUGAUAAUCAAUCAAUGGAUAUGGAAUAUACUAGAAAUGACUCUAAGGAUGAUAAUGUAGAUAAUUGGGAACCUGAUCGUUAUGAGGUCGAUCAUAUUAUUGCUCACAAAGUUGUAAAUGGCCGCGAUCUUUACCUGGUUAUGUGGAAAGGAUACUCGAAAGACACUUGGGAACCUGCUGAAAAUCUUGACGAUUGCCGUGAAAAAUUGGAUGAAUUUCAUAGGCUCUCCAAUGAGAUGAAAAUAACUGAUCAAUAUUGUUCACAAUAUGAAUUUGAUCCCGAAGAACGUGAUGUGUUUUUAAAUGCUCUCCAUGAUUCUAAUCAAUUGAAAGGUCGAAAAGAAGAAGAAUUAAAACGUCGUGAGGAAUGUGAUUUGUUCUAA